UGAACAGUUGCCAGGUUCUAUCACGUGAGAAUCUGACUCACCUGCUGGAUUCCGUGGACACCUUCCUCUUCGACUGCGAUGGCGUCAUUUGGAAGGGAGAUAACCUCAUCGACGGCGUUUCUGAAACCCUCGACUUUCUUCGUUCCAAGGGCAAGAAGCUCGUCUUCGUCACCAACAACUCCCUCAAGUCACGUGCUCAGUACGCCCUCAAGUUUCACUUUUUAGGGAUUUCUGUUUCCCCGGAUGAGAUUUUCUCCUCCUCUUUUGCAGCUGCCAUGUACUUGAAGCUCUACAAUUUCCCUCCUCAAAACAAGGUUUAUGUAAUUGGAGGGGAUGGUAUACUGGAGGAGUUGCGCCUUGCUGGCUUCAAUGCGUUCGGUGGUCCGGCAGAUGCCAAUAAAACAGUGGACCUGAAGCAGAACAUCUUUUUUGAACACGAUAAGAGUGUUGGGGCUGUAGUGGUUGGCAUUGAUCCUAACAUUAACUAUUACAAGCUUCAGUAUGGAACCCUUUGCAUACGUGAGAAUCCGGGAUGCCUUUUCAUUGCUACCAACCGUGAUGCAGUUGGACAUAUGACUGCUUGGCAAGAAUGGCCUGGUGCUGGGUGUAUGGUUGCUGCUAUGUGUGGAUCAACCCAGAAGGAGCCUAUAGUAGUUGGAAAACCAUCAACCUUUAUGAUGGACUUUUUACUCCAGAAAUUCAACGUAAGUUGCUCCAAGAUGUGCAUGGUGGGCGAUAGACUAGAUACCGAUAUAUUGUUUGGACAGAAUGCUGGUUGCAAAACUCUUCUUGUUCUAUCUGGUUGCACAACUCAAUCAGCUCUGCAAGAUCCUUCAAAUAAUAUUCACCCUGAUUUUUACACAAGCAAGAUUUCUGAUAUGCUUGACUUAUUGGAAGCAUAAGAUUUUUCUCUUUCCAAUUCAGAUGACACUAUAAUUGUUGUUCUCCCAUGUAGAUUAAUAAUAAGCAUGGGAUAUUUUUUUGGGAAGAUUUUAAUGGCAUGAACAUUUAAUAGUUAUUAUUGAGCGGUACUCAGAUUAUGCUGUAGCAUAAGUAGUCACUGUUAUAACAUAAGAUAGGAGGCUCAUAGUGAGAGCAAUAUGCUGCUCAAAAUAGCAUUGAUUUUUAUGGCUGUAGACCAUCAAGACAAAACUUCGAGUGAAUAACCAUAAUAGAAAGCAAAGGGAAUCUCCUUUCUUCCCUAA